CAGAAAGCGCGUCGUCGGCGGUUUUUGCCGAGUGGCAGCGGAAAAUCGGAGCGUAAACAACAAGUACGAACGAGGCGGACGGAGGGCAGAGUGAGGCUGCAGACCCAGCAGGAGGACAGGAGAAGAGGAAGCCGCCGAUGUCAGGAGGAGGAUGCCAGCAGCAGCACGCGGCGCCCACUGAUGAGAAAAGAGUCAAACCAGAGAAAAGAAGACCAUAAACUGCAAAGAACCCCCCGCCGCUGCCUUUACAGACUGUGGGUCAUUUCAGUGAUGCAGGAUAGAAUCAAAUGCUCCCACUAGAGUGAUCACCAAGUAAAGCUGCUGGAGCUCUUCGCUGUCCGGAGUAAAGUUUCCUUUGGGGUGUGGAGCGGAGCAAACCCCUGCAAGAACUCCGCUCAUUACGCCACAUAAUUGAUGUUUUUGCUGUGAGGACCCAGAGGAGCUCUGAGCGCCUUUAGGGAAGCUCAGAGGCGACUGGAGAGAUGGGGAAUAAAACUUCCAGCUCGCUGAAGGAAGAGGAAGAGGUGUUCAUUGACAGCAUCACAGGUGGGGCCCCCACAGACGGUCCGCAGGGCCCCAGCCCUAAGCUGUUAGCCUCCCUGCAGUCCCUUGGAGAGAACAGUGACUACACUGUGCUGCCACACUCCCUGCACCAGAUUGCAGAAGCCUACUCACUGAAAGGGGACUAUCAGUUGGCCAUCCAGUUCCUUCAGUUGGAGAGACUCUACCAUGAACGUCUGCUGACAAACCUCACCGCCCUGCAGGAGAACUGGGAGAGUCGAUGGGGUGAACAGGAGGCUGACAUCUGCCUAGGAAGAGAUGGCAUCAGUCAGACAAACAUGGACGUACUGAGGGACAUCUGCAGGACACACCACAGACCAUCAGUUAGAGUGGACCAGAACAAGAUAAAUGCAACAAUAAAUGACAAUCACACCAAGAGUACAGAGCCACAACCUCACCAGAAUGAAGUCCAUGACCACCGCCGUGAUGAGGAGCAGGAGCAAAGCCGGAGCACGGAGCCUGAACAGGCGGCCCAAUGGGAGGAGGACAGAGGAGACGGGGCUUACGAGGAAGGGCGUGAAGUGGAGGAGGAACAGGUGGAGGAGCAGUGUGAGGAGACCCCAGAGGAGGAGGAGGUGAAAGUGGAGUGGCCGACAGGUGUGCCUCAGGCCUCAGAGAAGGAGCUGGCCAAACUGUCCCAUAAAGAAGGGACCUCUCCUGAUGGUCUGGUCUCCAUUCUGAAGAGGAGGCGCGCCUCACUGGAUGGUCUGCCUCCUCCAAGUGACACUACUAGUUUGAAGCAGAACUCAAAGCGCAAAGUUCGCUUCAGUGAGCCGGAAGACGGUAUGGAUCAAGAUGACGUGGGUGGAAACUCCUGCCUUGUUCUGCUGCUGCUGUGUCUGGUCACGGUGGUGAUCAGCAUCGGCGGGACUGCACUCUACUGCACUCUGGUGGGCACGUACUCCAACAUCUGUACGGACUUCACCCACAACGUCGACUUCUACGCCUCAAACGUGCAGCAGUUCUUUGAAGGGGUCAGGCGCUGGCUGCCCCUCUGGACCGGAUAAGACUCUCCUCUACAGACUGAAGAGACCCCACGUUUGCUUUUUGCAGCACUGACUUGCUGUCUGGAUGUUUGUGCAGCUAAUGUGCUGCACUAAUCCUGCAGAUGGAGCCAGACUUGCACAUCAGAGAAGGACUUUGGUGCAAAACUCUGAAGAUAGACGAAUAGAAAACAUGUUUACUACUGUUUUUGUGACAUCACCCAAGAGGGCUAAUGACUCUCAUCCACAGCGCUGCGGAAAAAGUAUUUGCGCCCUUUUUGAUUUUUUUACAUUUUUGGAUUAUUUCUCACACAUAAAUGUUGUAGGUCAAGCUCAUUUCUAUUAAAGAACUAUGCCACCCCCCCUGUUACUUUAAAAUCAAAUUGAUGAUUUCUUUUUUUCAUGAAUGGGAGCUGGUCCUGGUGUAAAAAUGUUAUUGCUCUCCAAAUGCAAAAGCAGAGACUGCAGUGAAGUGGAUUUUAGUUUAGUUCUCCUUUCAGAAGAGGUUCAGUUGAACUCAUUGGAGAAUUUUUUAUUACUGUGUCUAAUCUGGAUUUAGGACCAGAUUAGAACCAGCAUCUGCAGGUGUGAUUAAAUUCACUGAUAUGCUGAAAAUGGUCCUAAGCUUGAGGUUGUGAAUCGAUGUCUAGUCCAGUUUUAUGUAUGGCACAGAAUUUUUCAAUAAAGACCCACUCUGAU